GUUUUAGUGCUCCAGAAGGUAACAGCUGAGCUUUUUCUUAAAGAGAGUGGUUUUGUGACAGGAUAAAACCAGUCAGACACUAGCUGAAAACAAGGACGGGCAGACCUUCAGACAGUUGAGGGGAGGUAUGUAAGCAUUACUAAAGAUUAAUAAAUUCUAUGUAUGAAUUGUAUUAGUCAUAUAUGUACAUGAAUCCUAUGUUUUAUGCAGUAAUAAGAAUUAAUAUAACCUUUGGACGCUUUUUACUGUGUUUUGUAUUUAUAUAUGUCACUAGUUAUAUCUUAUAGCGUACAUUUCAUUAUUCAACUGUUUAGGUACUCACAAAUUGUCUGAUAGAAAGCUGAUUCACGUGCUUGUUGAUGUGCACAGAUCAUUUGAAUCCACACAUCCUGGAGACAUACAUUUACCAUUAGAAGCUCAAUCCAACAAACCAGUUUUCGAUACAAAAUUACCUUUAACAAAAACCUUACAUGAUAAGGUACUGAAAGUGCCAUCCAACCGCUCCUACGAUUUUGAUCCAGCUUCUACAUCAUCAUCUAAAGACACCAGAGCACUAUUAUCCUCGUUUGCAAACAUCAAGAUACAGAGUCAUACGUCGGCACUGGGGCGCAGUAAAGUUGUUGGUGAGUCUGUAAGCAAAGCACCAACACAACAAGCAGCCAUGCAACAAAAAAGUGAUAAUUUAUAUGUUAAGCGAUCUGUGAGUCAUGUAUCAAAGCCGGUAGAGGUCACAACUAAAAAAACACGAUUGGGCCAUUCCAUAGCAAACACUAACAUGGCAUUAUUGAAUAAAGCAGCUAAGAAGCAAAGCUUUAAUAAUCAUAACUGGUACACUUGGUACACCCACCAAACUGAUUUUUGGCACAAGUUACAAGGUACUAUUCAGAAUAUAAUAAUAGAUGUUACAGCCUUAUUGGGCCUACCAAGUAAGAAUGAAUUAUUAUCCAAAGUUACUGAAUUGAGUGAAAAACUUGCAAUGUACAAUAUAAAUAAGACAUUUAUACAUGGUGUAGAACUUUUACCACAAACUAUUGUGGGUGAUGCACACUCAUUGCUUAGCUCUUUUGUACCUACACCAUUACCAACCAAUAAUGCCAAUGACACAGUAACAUGGCUUAUAGCCCAGUGUCGUUUCUGUUGUGGUUUAAGGUACGUUAUUCAUUCAGUGUUGAAUGAAUUUCAAUGUUUAGUAUCAAUGUCUGAUGAGAGAAUGAGGUCUGUAAUGGCAUCAAAACUAAAAACUAGAUACACUGCCGUAAGCAAUGUGUUUCGUUGUGGUCUAAGAGAAAUGAUUGGUAAAGGUUUAAAAACUAAAAGGGUUAGAUACCUACAACACAAAAAAAAUGUAAAAUAUCGAUCCAAGACUGUAAAAAAAGCUAUAAAAAUGCUAAGAUCAUUAAGGCGUACAGUCCCAGAUAAAAGACGGCACUGUAAACCUUAUUGUAGUGUGUCUGGAUCUAGAAUAGCCUCAACUGUAAACCAAAACAUUAAUCCCGAUACAGUAAUGCCUGGUAGUUCAUCUACCGUACCUGUUAAAGAAAUAAUGCAGUCACAUAUACAAUACUCACCAGUGGUCCAUCAAAAUGCCAUUUCAAAUACGCCCAAUGAAAUACCUGUACAGAAUGAAGCGCAUGACCAAAAUAAUGGCCGCGAAGCAUCUGUGUAUUUGGAACAUAUUAAUCGUUUCCAAAAAUCACGCCGUGAAUAUUAUGAACAUUUUAGAUUUGUAAAUUUAGAGAAAAUGCCAUCAUGUAAGGAUUCUGUUCAUUCUGUACACGGCGCUAUCCAAGGUUUAUUAAAUGGUAUGAUGCCUGAUAUAGGGCAUCAUGAUUUGAUUCAGUUGAGACUUGAUGGUGACGGCCUCAGCAAUCCUUUGUAUUCUAUCAAAAGAUCCAAGGACAGCUUUAAUGCUGAAUCCUUUUUGAAUGAUGUUUCCAAAUUAUUACAGAGUAAUACUGAGCUUCUUGGAAAUGGAACAUUAAGACUAGUCGUGUCGAUUGUCAAAAAUAGAGUCGGGGGAGUAAUAUCUCGAAGGCGCGUGAGGUCCACACCCUAUAGUCGUAUUAUAGCUAAGAAAAAGCGCUGGCUUUUUGACUUACACAAUGAAAAUCUAAUUCAGGAAAUAGAUUUUUGUAGAACAAGUUUUGUACAAUGGUAAUACACUAUUAUCGCAUAAACCUGAUAAUAUUAUUUGGUUUUAUCCAUGUUGGCAGUCGCUUUAUGAUGAAUUGAUGCAAAAACUACCCAAUAUACAGUUUAUAGAAGGCUUACCUAAUAGUUUUACAGAUGAUGCAUUAUUUCCAUCUGAUAAAAUUAAUUUAACAGUUGUUGAUGAUCUCAUGGAGGCUGCUAGCGAAAGUUCUGAAAUUGAGAAAGCAUUCACCAAGUACGUGCACCAUAGAAACCUUAGCAUCAUGUACCUUGUACAAAACGUGUUUUGUCAAGGUAAAAAAAGCAGAACCAUUAAUUUAAAUACUAAAUAUAUAGUUCUAUUUAAGAACCGCAGGGAUAAGUUACAGAUUACAACUUUGGCUAGACAAAUGUAUCCUGGAAAAUCGCAAUUCUUUUUAGAGGCUUUUGAGGAUGCCACCAGUAAACCUUAUGGCUAUUUACUUGUAGAUUUACGAUCUACAACCCAUGAUGAUUACAGAUUAAGGGCAGAUCUCUUUCCACCUGAUCUGCCAUUGGUGUACAUCUUACAUCUGACACUUCACACUUCAGUUACUUACCCUAAUUUAUAUCAAGUCACUUUGAUCCACAUUAUCCUGUACCUUAUCUGUUUGUAUCUAUUUGUCCC